AUGGCUUCCAAAUGCCUCAAGGCCAGCUUCUUGUCGGGGCCUCUCAAGGUCCCGGGAGGGGCCGGUGGGGACUCGGUUCGCGUGUCCACGAUGUACUCCAGCAGCUCCUGCAAGCUCCCCGGCCCGUCCGGGGGGGCCUGGAGUCUCUCUGCCCGCUCAGCUGGGCUGGGCAGGAGCGGCUGCAGGGCUGCCAGCUGUCUCCCCUCCGGAGGCUUUGCCAGCAGCUACAGCAUGGGGGGAGGGGGCUGGGUCCGGGAGGGCAUCCUUACCGGCAACGGGAAGGAGACCAUGCGGUUCCCGAACGACCGGCUGGCCAGCUACCUGGAGAAGGUGCGGCAGCCGAAGCGGGACAGCGCGGAGCUGGAGAGCCGCAUCCGGGAGCGGAGCCAGCAACAAGAUCCCCUUGUGUGCCCCGACUACCAGUCCCGCUUCCGGACCAUCGAGGAGCUCCAGCAGAAGGUGAGGGUCACUUCUUUAUUUCCCCUGACCCUGUGCACCAAGGCAGAGAAUGCCAGGCUGGUGGUGCAGAUGGACAACGCCAAGCUGGCUGCAGAUGACUUAGGACCAAGUGAGUACGAGAUGGAGGUGUCCAUACGGCAGCUGGUGGAGUCAGACAUGAAUGGCCUGUGUAGGAUCCUGGUUGAUCUGACCCUGUGCAAGGCUGACCUGGAGGCCCAGAUGGAGUCCCUAAAGGAGGAGCUGCUUAGCCUCAAGAAGAACCAUGAGGGGGAAGUGAAUUCGCGGUGCUGCCAGCUUGGUGAUAGACUCAAUGCCGAGGUGGACGCGCCCCCUGUGGACCUGAACUGUGCUCUGGAUGAGAUGAGGUGCCAGUGCGAGGCCCUGGUGGAGAAGAACCACUGGGAUGCUGACGACUGGUUCAACAGCCAGACCGAGGAGCUGAACCAGCAGAUGGUGUCCAGCUUGGAGCAGCUGCAGUCCUGCUGGGCAGAGAUCACUGAGCUCAAAUGCAUGGUCAAUGCCCUGGAGAUCCAGCUGCAGGCCCAGCACAGCAUGAGAGAUGCUUUAGAACCCACCCUGGCAGAGAUGGAGGCCCGCUACAGCGCCCAGCUGGCCCAGAUGCAGCGCCUGAUCACCAACGUGGAGGCCCAGCUGGUGGAGAUCCGCUGUGACCUGGAGCGGCAGAGCCACGAGUACCGGGUGCUGCUGGAUGUCCGGGCCUGGCUGGAGUGUGAGAUCAACACACACCGGGGGCUGCUGGAGAGCGAGGACUCCGAGCUCCCCUGUAACCCGUGUGCCCCUGAGCACUCGCCCUCCAAGUCAUGCGUCCCCUGUCUUCCUGUGGCUUCCUGUGGGCCUGGUGCAGCCCGCACCACCUGUAGCCCCCGCCCCAUUUGUGUGCCCUGCCUGCGGGGCCGGUUCUGA